UCCCCUCCAAUUCUCGCUGGCUCGUCUUGUGUGCCUGAUUUGUCUCGCGCAGCAGUGGUCUCGGCCGUCCGUCGCCUCAGCUGCCGCUGGAGCCGCUGUUGUCGGAGAGAGAGGAAAGGGGGUUGCCGCGAGGCCGCCGUUGCCAUGGCGGGGGGCCUGGCUCGCGCCGCCGCUCCUACUCCUCCCGCCCCCCGCCCCUUCCUCCCUACCUGCCUUGGCCUGGCGGUGCUGGUUCUGGUGCUGCUGGGGGGCCAGCGGGGGGCCCAAGCUUUAAGGUGUUUGUGCUCUAAUUGCAACGAGGCGAACUCCACAUGUGAAACAGAUGGUGCCUGCAUUGUCUCCAUAACAAAUGUGAAUGGGUUGAAGCAUCAUGUCCGGGCCUGUAUCCCUAAAGGAAAGCUGAUUCCUGCUGGAAAACCCUUUUUUUGCCUGAGUUCAGAAGAUGUGCGCAAUACACACUGCUGCUACUUAGAUUUCUGUAAUAAAAUUGAUCUCAUGGUACCCAGUGGUCAUCGAAAAGAAGAUGAUGAAACUUCUUCUGGAUGGGGACCUGUGGAGCUGGUGGCUGUGAUUGCAGGGCCAGUGUUCCUUUUAUUUGUCAUUAUGAUCAUUGUAGUUUCUGUCUUUCACCAUCACCAACGAGUAUACCACAAUCGUCAACGUUUGGACAUGGAAGAUCCAUCUUGUGAGAUGUGCCUCUCCAAGGACAAAACCCUGCAAGAUUUAGUAUAUGAUCUGUCUACCUCUGGCUCUGGCUCAGGUUUGCCCCUCUUUGUCCAGCGCACUGUAGCUCGAACAAUAGUUUUGCAAGAAAUCAUUGGCAAAGGUCGUUUUGGGGAAGUCUGGCGUGGUCGGUGGCGUGGUGGUGAUGUAGCUGUGAAAAUCUUCUCUUCACGAGAAGAGCGUUCCUGGUUCAGGGAAGCAGAGAUCUACCAGACGGUUAUGUUGCGGCACGAAAAUAUUCUGGGGUUUAUUGCUGCAGACAACAAAGAUAAUGGCACUUGGACUCAAUUGUGGUUGGUCUCUGAUUACCAUGAGCAUGGCUCUCUAUUUGAUUACCUCAACCGAUAUACAGUAAACAUUGAGGGGAUGAUUAAAUUGGCUCUGUCUGCUGCCAGUGGACUAGCACAUCUGCACAUGGAGAUUGUUGGGACCCAAGGAAAGCCUGGAAUUGCACACCGAGAUUUGAAAUCCAAGAAUAUAUUAGUGAAGAAAAAUGGAACUUGUGCCAUUGCAGACCUAGGUCUAGCUGUCCGCCAUGACUCUGUUACUGAUACAAUUGACAUUGCUCCCAAUCAGAGGGUUGGAACAAAACGUUACAUGGCUCCUGAGGUUCUUGAUGAAACUAUAAACAUGAAGCAUUUUGAUUCAUUUAAAUGUGCUGAUAUCUAUGCCCUGGGCCUAGUUUACUGGGAAAUUGCUCGCAGAUGUAACUCAGGAGGUAUUCAUGAAGAAUAUCAGUUACCAUACUAUGACCUUGUGCCCUCUGACCCUUCCAUCGAAGAAAUGAGGAAGGUCGUAUGUGAUCAGAAGCUGCGGCCCAACAUUCCCAAUUGGUGGCAGAGUUAUGAGGCUUUGCGUGUAAUGGGGAAAAUGAUGCGAGAAUGCUGGUAUGCUAAUGGGGCUGCACGGUUAACAGCCUUGCGCAUCAAGAAAACUCUUUCACAACUCAGCAUCCAAGAAGAUGUGAAAAUCUAAUCUGCACGCUCCAUCCAGAGGAAACUGCACAAAAGCUGCCAUGCUGGGACUGAUAUGUGGUGAAGGAGGCCUACCUCGUAUUUCUGUACAGCCUGCUGCUAUCAACUGGACAACGCGGUUUGCAGAUGGUUAGAUGUGGAGGAUGGACUUCAUAGACUAUGUUCUGUUCCUGGUUCGGGAGUGAACUGCAUCUUUUUAAAAUCCCAUCCUGAGCGUGUUAAGAGAGGGAUGUAUAGAGGGGUGUUGGCCACAAACUGCAACCUUUGUUUCUCUGGCGGAAAUCCCUGUAAAUUCUAGUGACAUGCUGGUUGGGAAAAUCCUUCUAGCUUGGGAGAGGAAAUGACUUCUGUAUGCUCUGAAAAGUGUGUGUGUGUGAGGGAGUGAGGUUCUUAAGGACUGGACAUGUGCUCACAUAAAACUUGUGUGCACCCUGUCCAUCCAUCCACGUGAAGUGCUUGGCCCUUUUCUAGCUCGACAGAUCAGAAGCCGGUGCAACCAUUUAUGUUUUCAAUGAUGUGCGCAUGUGCAAAGGUACGUGUCCCUGUGCCUCCUAGGUAUGUAUUGUGCCUGCUUGUGCUCCUGUGCAUGUGAAAAGUGUAGUGACCCCUUGUGACGUGCAGGUGCUCUUGCCCUCUUUGUCCACUAGUUGAACAUUAGCCAUCUGUCACCUCACCAGGGAGGGAGAGGGGUAUGCCCUGCAAGUGGUUAGACUGGCCAGGGCAGUAUACCCGUUGUCUCACUGCCGUUCCUUCCCUCCUUUGCAAUGCAGAGAAAUGAUGUAUAUUGUUUCAUUGCAAGAUUCCCUUGGAGUGGUAAUCCUAGGCAGCAAUCUUUAUCUAGGAAACAGAGUGACCUGCAGAAAGACUGAAAUCGGUGCUGUUCCCACUGUAAAGGAAGUAACACAAAAGAAGGGUGAGAGAAAAAAACUGACCUAAUAGGAUCAUUGCCCUUCCAUUUCUCAAGGUGCCUUUGGCAGAGCGACUCUAGCAUUUAGAAUUACUCAAAAGAGUGAAACCAGUAUGGGGAAACAUGCUUUUGGAGACUUUCUGGCAAGAUUUGUUCAUUGAGGAAUAAUGACUGUAAAACAUUUUAAUGUAUGUGUGUGUGUGUGUGUAAAUAUAUACAUAUAUAUAUACAUAUAUAUAUAUAUGGUCUCCCAUAUUCUGGGAGUGACCAUUGAGUCACUUGGGGAGGAGGGCAGGGAAACAUUGGGAAAAAGAUUAAGUGCAUGCAUUUUAUUUCAGUUAAAUGAUCAGGGUGUAGUCAGACUGAUUUGGCUGUUACGUUUGUGUUAGAAACAGCCCGAGACUGUAUUACAGUUGAAAUAAUGCAUUAAAACUCCAUUAUAUAUGGAUUGGGUUGGGUAUUUGUGGUAGAUAACUCCUGAAGCCAUAACUUUUAACUGGAGUGGUUUGAUUAAUUUUAUUUAAUUCUUAUUUUAAUAGGCGGGUCUGGAUUUUAACUUUUUUUACUAUUCUUUAUAAGAGAAGUAAAAUGGAUAAUUACCUCUCAUUCUGUUUAUAAAGAAAUCACUGCAAAAAUCUGAAAAAAUGCAUUCAGCUCAAUUUUACACUGGAACUGUUUCUAUUGAAAUUGUGAGCCCUGAUGUCUGAGAGGAGAGGUCUCCACUCCACGUCAGGCUAUUUUUAAGAAUAUAUAGCAUUCUGUGUUUGCUGUCUAUGUUCAUAUGGGUGUUUGUCUUAGUGUGUGUCCCCCCACCCACCCUAAGGCCCUUCUCAGGUGUCCUCAACUGUGGAAGUGUGUUUUGAAAGUCAAGUCGUGUAUUUGUACAUUCUCGUCUUGGUUUGAAACAAGCUGUAUUUUCCUCCCAGGGUGUGUUUUGAAAAUCUCAGGUGCUACUAUUCAUAGAAAGAGAUAAGGAGUUUGUGCCUCUGAUUGUAAGGCAUGCCUUCCUCAGUGAAAUGUUUGAUCAUUCUGAGCCAGAGGGCACUACACACUUCCUUCAAAGAGACACAGCUUUAGCAAAAUCAUCCCUUCAUUUCAGCUCUGAGAGGAAAUGAAACUUGAAGCUUCUCUAGGUAGUGCAUUUCUAUAAAUGAAAAAUUGUGUGUGUGUUUGGUUGCUAACUAGAAAUUCAAGAUAGUACAUAAGAAAGGUUUAAAUUUGGCGGAGAGGUAAUUGGACAUUCAUGGGCCUGUAACCCCUGUGUGGAACACCCCCUGUUUAAAAGAAAAUAAUAUCACAAGAGCCAUUGCACUUUUAAAAGUCCUUGGUGUUUUCUGUUUCAAGAAAUUGAAAGGUGGUAGGGGCCGAGAAAAUAAGUUGGGUCUGAAAGUCCAUCUUUCUUAUUGGCACAUUCCUUUCGAGCUUUUCUCCCGUUUUCUAAUUUGUGAUCUCUCCCCAUGGCAUUGUAAUUUAAGUGCAUAACGUAAAAAUAAAUUCUACUCAGAUCAACAGUGUAUGCUUCUAGGUAAAGGCAAUUUAAAUUGGAGUGUAAUUCAUUUAAUUCAUAUCUCAAAGCAAUUUGGGGUGUUGUGUAGUUCCCGGGCUGUAUCCGUGUUCAAGGAGCAUUUUUUCCCCGGUGUUUCGCCUACAUAUGUUGCUGGUAUCUUCAGAUCUAAAUGCAGGUGAAACGUCAGGAGAAAUACAGCCCAAAAACCACACAACACUCCAGUGAUUCCGGCCGUGAAAGCCUUCGACAAUACGUUAAAGCAAUUUGCUACUCACAUGCCUGAAUACCCACCCAUUUUCUAUAUAGAUAUGUUGUCACCUGUUACCUUCUCUGUUGUGUUGCAUCUAACAGAUGCAGUCUUUAUCCGAGAUACUUGCUGCUAGUCUAAAACAUUUUACCCAUAUGGGAAACUAAUCUCUCACAUAGAUAAAUGAUCCUGUGUGUUUAUUUUUUUUAAUCACUCUUUCUCCAAAGAACUAUGGAACAGAAGCACAGAAAUCAAUUUGUUCACUCCCCAGUCUGUAGUCAUAUUGAGAAGAAGAGCAAGACAGCCAGCUGAAAAAUAUUAGAAGGCACCAGUACAAUUCCACAAGAGAGGGCAUGGCUUGGUGCUUAUUUGGACACUCUGUUGUAACAUGUAAUAGAGACGUGUCCAGUGAUAUGUGAGGUUAGCUGUUGAGUAAAAUUUUCUUGCACCCACUUAACUACAAAAUAAGACGGAACAGUGUUUUAUGUCAACAGACAAAUGCAAUUAUGCCAGUCAUUACAAGGUUUUUCCUUUUAAAUAUAUGAAAACUAUGGAAAAUCGGGAGAAAUGCAUAACUUUGCAGCUGCCAGCCAAAAGGGUUUUAAACACUAAGAGUAUCUAAAAGAAUAAGAGAGAACAGUAUCCAUAGUCAAACAUCUGUUAUUUUAAAUGUAUUUAUUUUUGGUCCAGUGAUAGUAACCCAACCAUGUAACGAAAUAUCAGUUUUGGAGUCCAUUUGGAAAAUAACCAAUCAGACUUGUAUCUUGGUAUUCAACAAUUGAAUAGUCUGUCAGUAUCACACUUCCAAUAUAAUUCAUGUAAUCAUUUUCAAAUGUAGAUGAUGGCUGGUAUGGGUCCUUGGCAGGUAGGGCACUGGCUUUAGAAUAAAUUGUUACUGGUACUGUUGUCCGUCUCUUCUCCACCUCCCCUUUUCCCUCUUUUUUGUCAUCUUGUCCCUGGCUCCUAGUUGACAUUUGUAUUUGUUUCAGGUUUUGUAUGGUUUAUUAGAAAAGGACUGUAAAAUACCACUUAGACACUUUACCUCUUCAGUAUGCAAAUGUAAAUACAUGUAAUAUAGGAAAGAAAUCUUUUGUUUUAAUAUAAGAAAGAGGCUGUCCAAUUUUCUGUUGUACAUUAUUAAAGGUUUGUUUUUAUUCA